AUGGGAGGAUGUGCGACCAAGCCCAAGGUUUCCAAGGAAGAACCCGAAGGGAACACCAAAGCACCCGAACCUGAACCUCAUCCUGAUCAGCCCGCCAAAGACACCCUCCAAAUCGACGCUGCGUCACCCGAACAAGGUUCUAACGAAGACAACCUUAAUGUCAACGAAAUCGUCGAUGACGACCAAGCGAACAAACGACGCUCUCUCAGCUUGUUGUUCAAGGAGAAUGAAGAUACUAAGGUUUCCACAGAAAAUGAGAAAACCACAGUGGAGGAGACUGUGAAAGAAGAAACGUUUGACGGCAAGAAACCUGCGGAGGAUACUAAAAGCAAUGAUCCAACAGUUAAACCAGAAUCUCCAAAGACAGAGGAAAAGUUGUCCGAGGAAAGUAAAAACAAUGAAUCACCAAAACACGAGUUUGUGAUUGUUGAGGUAGAAACAUCACAAGCUGAGAUACCUUCAGAAGGAAUUCUUAUCAGUGAACCAGCUAAGACAGUGAAACUAGAGUUAGAAGCAGAGAAACCUUCAGAGGUAACUAGUAUAAAUGAACCAGCCAAAGCAACGGUGAAACUAGAAUCAGAAGCUGAGAAACCUUCUGAGGAAACUCAUAUAAAUGAACCUGCUAAGGAAACAGUGAAACCAGACUCUGAAGUGGAGAAACCUUCAGUGGAAACUCAUAUCAAUGAUCUUGCCAAGGACACAGUGAAACCAGACUCGGAUGUUGAGAAACCGUCAGAGGAAACUCAUACGAUUGAACCAGCUAAAGAAACACCUAUAGCUGAAUCAGAAGCUGAGAAAUCUUCAGAGAAAACUCUUAUCAAUGAACAUAAUAAGGAAACAGUGAAACUAGAACCAGAUGCCGAGAAAGCUUCGGUGGCGGUGGAAAACAGUCGAAGCAGAGAGCUAGUGAAGGGAGAACAUGUAGAGACUAAGGAGACAUCUUCAGAGGAAACACAAAGCAAUGAACCCAUCAAACACAAAGAAGAGCUUACUAAAUCAUCAGAAGUAGAAAAGCCAAGUGAUGGGGGUUCACAGAAGAAUGCUUCAGAAGCUGAGAAACCUGAGUCUCCGAUUAGAGAGAGCAUAAACACAGAGGUGGCUCUUCCUGAGGAGAAAGUAAUUGAAGUAGUUCCAACUGAUGCAAAGUCUGUGGAGAAGGUAACAAAGGUUGCUGAGGCUGGCACUGAAAAUCAUUGA